UAUCUUUCACUUAAUCUUCCGUCCCCGUCCCGUCCCCGUCCCCCACCCAACAAUAGUCAGAUUUAGGCAUCAUAUUCUCAUAUUAUAUUCCUUAGCCGUCCAGUACUACUUACUACCAAUUGUUUACGGUCUGCCGUUUGCCCGCUAACAGACUUUGUUGAGGAUUGAUUCCCGUUUGUCUCCGUCAUUUUACUUUUAUUAAAUUAAACAAAAUGCCUACAACAGCAGAAUACCGUACUGGAAAACGUCCUCGUACUCAGUCAUUACCCCCUCCAGCCCUUCCUCAGCUUGUUGCCGAACAACAAGUGCCCAUACCCUCCAACGAUAAGGACAGCCAGAGGCUCAUUGUCGUCCUAUCUAAUGCCAGCCUCGAGACAUACAAGGCAUCACAUGGCGGUGGUGUUGGCCGCGCCGGCAUGCAGCGUGACGACAAGUAUUCGCUCCUCAAUAGCGACGAGCAUAUCGGAGUAAUGCGCAAGAUGAAUCGCGAUAUCAGUGACGCCAGACCAGAUAUCACGCACCAGUGUCUCCUCACUCUCCUUGAUUCGCCCAUCAACAAGGCAGGCAAACUACAGAUCUACAUCCAGACAGCUAAGGGCGUUCUGAUCGAGGUAUCGCCAACUGUCCGUAUCCCUCGAACUUUCAAGCGCUUUGCUGGCUUGAUGGUUCAAUUACUCCAUCGCCUAUCUAUUCGCUCGACCAAUUCUCAGGAGAAGCUUCUGCGAGUUAUUCAGAAUCCGAUCACCGAUCACCUCCCCCCAAAUUGCCGCAAGGUCACAUUGAGCUAUGACGAGAGCACAGUGCGUGUACGAGACUAUAUCCAAGGUCUUGGCCCGAAGGAGAGUAUAUGUGUAUUCGUCGGUGCAAUGGCUAAGGGUGCCGACAAUUUUGCCGACGAGUACGUGGAUGAGAAGAUCUCGAUUAGCCAAUACAGCCUCUCAGCUAGCGUCGCCUGCAGCAAAUUUUGCCAUGCUGCCGAGGAUGCUUGGGAUAUCCUGUAGGUUGGCCUCCCAGGCUAAACCCUUUCUUUGGAAGAGGGAUGCAAGAGGAGGGUAGGUAGUGGAACGUGUUAGGUAUGAAUAAUAAAUGGGAGUUGACUUGCGGAAACCGCUAUACAACAUCGCGGUCGACACAGUCAUCCCCGGAACUUGGGUCUUGGGGUUUUUGUUCUGUCUCUGUUUUUACAACCAAAACAUCAGGCGUUCAACAU